AUCGCAACUGAGUCCGCUGCCACAGCUCUCGUUUAUACCUUACGUACGUGUGCCGUUACACUAUCGCUCGUUGUCGUCUCGUCACCACAGUCGCCCUUACACCGAUGCCGCGUCGUUGCAGUGCCGUCGAUAUCUUAUCAUUGUACGUAAAACGCGACGGGUAAAACGGCACCAAAUCCGUUAACACAAAAACGUGUGUUAACAUCCGGUUUAUAUAAAAAUAAGGAACUUCGUUCCAAAAGAAGUUUUAAUUUUCGUCCAACCCUUUUUUAAAUUUUAAUUUUUUCUAAAGAAUUUCUUCCGUUUUGAAAAUCGUGUUCCGGAAUACAAUUAUAAUUGUCUAUUAAUUUAUUGAUUGGUUAUAAAAAAAAAAAGUAAUAAUAAUAAAACAUACAAACAGCAGUCGAGCCAUCUCAAAAAAAAAAAAAAAACAACUACCUAUAUCGUUGUAAUUUUUAUGACACCGUCAAUUUCCGUUUAAACGCACACACUACUCCACCAUGUCGGCCACUAAGGAACAAGAGCAAGGAAGCGACAGUCAGCACGGCGAAACCGAUGACUUUUACCAGUCGACUCCUUCUACCGGCCCAGCAAGUCACGGCCAACAAUCCAUCAGACGGAGAGGUGGCAUUUCCGCCGAACAUGUAUCGGAAGAGGAAGCCACCAGCUACGUUAAAAAAGUGGUGCCCAAAGACUACAAAACAAUGGCUGCCCUGUCGAAGGCAAUCGCUAAAAACAUAUUGUUCUCUCAUCUGGACGAGAACGAACGAUCGGACAUAUUUGACGCCAUGUUCCCGGUCACGUUCCUACAGGGCGAAUCCAUCAUACAACAGGGUGACGAGGGUGACAAUUUUUAUGUUAUUGACGUCGGAGAAGUGGAGGUGUAUGUGAAUUCCGAGUUAGUGACUGUGAUCGGAGAGGGCGGUAGCUUUGGCGAGCUCGCGUUGAUCCACGGUACACCCAGGGCGGCCACGGUACGUGCCAAAACCGACGUAAAACUUUGGGGCCUAGACCGAGACAGCUACAGAAGGAUACUCAUGGGAUCGACGAUACGGAAGAGGAAAAUGUACGAAGAAUUCUUGUCACGCGUCUCCAUACUAGAGAGUCUGGACAAAUGGGAAAGACUGACCGUAGCCGAUGCCCUGGAACCCGUGUCGUUCGAAGACGGCGAAACAAUUGUCAGACAAGGCGAACAAGGAGAUGAUUUUUACAUUAUCGUCGAGGGUACGGCGCUAGUCCUGCAGCAGAGGGUCGAAGGCGAGUCGAUGAUCGAAGUCGGCCGGUUGGCUCCAUCCGAUUACUUUGGUGAAAUUGCACUGUUACUGGACAGACCCCGCGCCGCCACCGUCGUGGCAAACGGACCUCUGAAGUGCGUCAAGUUGGAUCGGGCCAGGUUCGAAAGGGUGUUGGGACCGUGUGCGGACAUACUCAAGAGAAAUAUCACUCAGUACAACAGCUUCGUGUCAUUGUCCGUAUAGAGUAUAAUAUAUAAUAAUAUUAGUGUAUUCACAAUACACAAUAUUUUAUAUAUUAUUGUGUACAACGAACAAUAAAUAUUUAUUAUUUGUUUUCGAAACUAUAAUCGGUUUAAUUUUUAUUGUUAGUAAUUAAUUAGUUUUAUUACGGUUAUUAUUUUUUUUUGUUUUUCAUUACCGUGUUGCAUACUAUUAGACAAUUUAUGAUAUUAAAUCAAAUUAUUUUCGUUCUUUUUUUUGUUUUCGUAUAAUUAUAAAAAUUUAAGUUAUUAAUUAUCAAAUAAUAUUGUUAACGUGCUACUAUAAAUAUAAAAAUAAUAGUUGUGUAUAAAAAAUUGUUUAAAAAAAUGAAGAAAAUCGCCGAAAAUUAAUAAUAUUCUUGUUGUUACGAGUCAUUUUAAUUAUUAUUAUUAAUUUUAUUAUUUAAUGAAACUGUCAAGUCACACAAGUUAGUCGCCGAUGUUAGUGUAGAUGUUAUUGCUCUUUUUAUGUAUGUUAUGUUUUUAUUUAUUUAUCUAUUGUGAAAUUAAUAUUGUUUUUUUUUUUUGUGUAAUAAUUUAAUUAUUCGAUAUUAAUAUAUAAUCAUAUAAAUUAAAAAAAAAAUUAACAUUUUGUACUGACAACAAUGCGCGUUGACUUACCAACUAUUAAUGAUGGACAGCCAACGAUUACGCGUUUUUGUCGAUCAUCAUCGGGCAUAAUCUAUCGCCAUUGAUCCCUCGGGUCCGCUGCCACACAGCCAUAUUAUAAUAGGUACUAUUAUUAUACCGGUCGGUUAAAGGGUUAAAGAUUUUGCAUAACUCAAAGUUUAUUAUUAUGUAUGUGUUUACAUAAUGGUGACAAUAUAUAUUACAUAAUGUAUUUUUUGUACACAGAUCGUAAGCGGUUGACUUUUUGCAUUUAACUACAGAAUUAUUAUCGUUAUUGUUAUUAUUGUUUUAAAUAAUACAUAAUGAUGAUAAUAAUAAUAAUAAUACAAAAAUGUAAUAAUCAAUAAUGUUUUGAUGGUUAACAAACGUUCGUAAUGUAAUUUUAUUAAUUGUAAUGUUGUAAUAAUUGUAUUUAUCGUUUUAGUUGUUUAGCAUAAUAGUAAUAAUAAUAAUAACGAUUUUACUGUAUUAUCGAUUAUUGUAUAAUAAUGCCUCUAAUAUAUUAUAACUAUGAUAUGUGUUUUUUUUAACGAAACCAAUGUAAAUGGAAACCGCCAUAUUAUUGUAUUAUUAUGUCGAGAUGAACCUUAAUAUUAUAAUGUGUAUUUUAUACUCACCUGUACAAGUCGAGCACAUUUGUCGAGUCGAUUAAACGUUUUAAACAUAAAUAAAAUAAAACGGCCAUUUGAAUUUUACUCGGGUCUGUAUAAAGUUGUUUUA